AUGUCUUAUGGAUAAAAUUUGUAAGUUUUCAAUCCCUAACGAUUCAAAAAGAUUGAGAAGGAAAUGCAAUAAAAUAAGAAACGUUUAGAAGAAAUGAGGUUAGAGGAGGAAUCCUAAAACACUAGACUCCUAAAAGUGUAAUAGAAAGAAAGAACUGUCGAUUUGGAAUACAAGGAUAGGAAAAAGAAGAUGGAAGAAACCCAAGAGCAAUUGGCUUUUGAGGCACAGAAAUUUAAUGAUGAAUAAAGAAGAAUGAACCAAGAUUUGGAAAGCAAGAAAGACUCGGUUGUGAUGUUGAAUGAUCGAAAAAAGAGAUAAGAUGAUGAAAGGUAUGCUAAGGAAUAGAAAAUUACAUUGGCCAAGGAAUAGGAAAAGGCACAAGCUUUGAAUGAAUUGGCUAAGUUACAAGAAGAAGUCAAUUAAUUAGAAGUCAGAAGAAAGAAUCAUUAACAAUAUGAACUAUUUUUUAAAAAAGUGAUCUCUAAAUCAAAGGAAUUGGAAACAGGUUAAAAUGAUGAUGAAAAUGCUAUAAAAGAAUUGAUUGAUCGUUAUGAGAGAUUAAAGAAGAAGGAAGAGGAAUUCAAAAAAGAUAGAGAGUUGAGAGAGAACUAAAAAGAUCAGAUCAAUCAACAAUUUAAUGAGUUAAAUAGUAAAAUAUAGGCUGAAACUUAUGAAUUCAAUGCUAAGUACAAUAAAUUGAAGUUGGCCAUUCAAUAAAUCAAUGAUGAGAAUGAUUAAAAGCAUAAAGAAAUAGAGGGAACACAAAAUUAAAACGAAGCUACUCAAAAAGAAUAUAUCUAAGUUAUUCAUGGAAUCUAAAAUAUGAAGGAUAUCUUGAAAUAGAGAAAUAAAAUUGUGAAAAGGAUUCUCCUCUCUGGAAAGGAUAGUGAUAAUGUCACUGAACAAUAGAGAAAUAGGAAAAAAGAAAAAAAAAUAGAUAAUCAAAAAAUUGAAAAAUACUUGAAUUUCAUUAAGGAUGAACUCUAAACUUUAUAAUAAUUUAAAUAAGAAUUUGAUAGAUAUUUAGCAAAAGAAAAAGAACGUGAUUGA